CUUAAAAAACAACCCGAUUUCCAGGCUUCACCGUACCACUACAAGUUCAACUCUCUUUCACUCUGUUGCAGUCUUUCAACUCGUUCCAACUCACUCCAGAACCGAGCCUACUCCCUAAACCCGACAUUUUUCUUUCAAAACAAUCCAUUCAAAGGAUUUUCCAGUACCGUGCAGGAACUACUCAGUUCUCUUCACAAUCUCGUUGACGCUUCUUUUUCUCAGGCUCUUCUGCCAAAUGUCCCUUCUCGUUAGUGAAGAUAAGAGUUUAUUCUCAACAUUCAUGGCAAAAAUAUAGUUUCUUACGAAGACAAGCGUUCUUUUCCCAUUAUUGGGUCGAUCCAGUUGGGAUUGCUUGUGCAAUUUGGUCGUUGUCAGCUCAUGGUGGCGGGAGCACAAUAACUCAGCAGGUAAAUGCUUUAGCAGUUUUAUGAAUGCCAAGUCUUAGAUGUUUUAACUCAGUCAAGUGGGUAUUAUUUAUUUAUUUUUGUGUCGGUUAGUGGGCAUCGUUUUCAUUUUAUGUUUGUUUGUUUAUUGUGUUGCUUAAUGGGUGUAGUAAGCGGUGGUUAUUAUUUAUGGGGUAUUCUUGAUGAAUGAUUGAGUGAAUAAGAUAUUGUGAAGAAAGUUUGAGAUGUGCCCUAGUGCUUGUAGCACCAAUAAUUUCAGACUAAAUAAUGCCUUUGAACUGGAGUGUUGUUUAUUGUAGAAGGAUAUAAUUUAAAGAACAUGGGUUAAGUUAUGCGCAUAGCUUUUUUUGAAAAAGGGAAGUGAUGAAAAGGAUUAAACUAGAGGAAGAAUGGGGUCUUUGUACAUGAAUCGCCAACAUUGUUAGAAUAAAUAAAGCCUUCCUCAGGUUUGACUGGCAUUAAAAAAAUUAGAACUUACGUCCCUAGCUGAUGCUAGCUUCUGGUAGACGAUUAACUCUAUCUUAAGGCAUCAAUCAGGAUGUUGUCAGUGUAGAGAGAGAAAUAGAAAGGUAGAGAGAGAUUUUCAUUAGUCAACUCUAGAAGCGGGAAACUGACUUGCUGAAAUGAUCCACACUCAGCAAUUCCCCCACAUCAGACCUUUGUUCUUAUUCCUCUUUGUUCGUCUUCCCAUCGAUCCUCUGUAUGGAAUUCUUCUUAUUGUUUGCUACCAGUUUCUUCUUCCCUGCUCUGGUCUCUGGUAUUGAUUUCUCAGAGUUCAUAUAUCCAAAUUUCACUGCUUCUUAUUUUCAAUUUAUUGACCAAAGUGGCGCCUUCUUGUAUUCUCAUAAUGGAACGUUUAGAGCUGCUAUCUUCAAUCCUGAUGCUCAACAAAUAAACUAUUACUUGUGCAUCAUCCAUGUUGCAUCCAACACCAUCAUCUGGUCUGCUAAUCGAGAUAUGUCCAUUUCAAUUUCUGGAAAAAUGUAUCUUACACCCGAAGGACUUAUAAUUUCUGAUCAAAAUGGCAGUCCCAAAUGGUCAACUCCACCACUGAGCUCAUCAGUAUAUGCACUACAGCUGACUGAGAUGGGUAAUCUUGUUUUACUUGAUCAGUUUAAUGGCUCUCUUUGGGAGAGCUUCCACCACCCAACAGACACAAUUGUGAUUGGACAACACUUAGCUUCUGGGAUGUUACUAUCUAGUGCUGUAUCAGAUUACAACUUUUCAACUGGUGAUUAUAGCCUUACACUUAGUGCUUCAGAUGCAAUAUUACAAUGGCAUGGACAGACAUACUGGAAAUUGUCAAUGAAUACAAAUGCUUAUUUGAACUCAAAUGAUGUGGUGGAAUAUCUGGCUAUCAACCAAACGGGCCUCUUUUUGUUUGGUAAUAAUGGAUCAACAGUGGUCAUUCAGGUGGCCUUAUCGCCAUCCAACUUCCGAAUUGCUAGGCUUGAUGCCUUAGGCCAGUUUACUGUAAGUAGUUUAUCUGCUGAUGGCUUGAAACAGGAAUUUGCGGGGCCUGAUGAUGAUUGUCAAAUCCCAUUCAUCUGUGGCAGGGUAGGAUUGUGUAUCGAUGGCACUACAUCCAACUCCCAUACUUGUUCAUGUCCAGCUCAAUUCCAUGUAGCUUCACAGAAUGCAACUGGCUGUGUGCCAAGUGAUGCCUCUUAUUCUCUUCCAGUUGCUUGUCAAUCAACCAGGAAUGGUAGUCAGUUGAAUUUAUCCACUGUUUCAUAUUCAAGGAUUGGCUAUGGGAUAGAUUACUUCUCUAAUCAUUUCUCUGAGCCUAUUACGUACGGAGUAAAUUUGUCAGUCUGUCAAGAUUUCUGCUCACGAGAAUGCUCUUGCUUAGGUAUAUUCUAUGAAAAUUCAUCAGGUUCUUGCUAUGUACUUGAGAACGUGUUGGGCUCCAUUAUGUCGGGCAGUGGAGGUGAUGGUAAUCUGCUGGGCUACAUCAAAGUUCUUAUUCGGCCUAAUCAAACAAACUUGAGACCUAGCAACAAUUUGAGUGACCAAAAUGAAAACUUUCCAAUAGCUGCUCUUGUGCUGUUACCUUUCACCGGGUUCUUUCUGUUAAUAGUUCUAAGUUUCCUCUGGUGGACAAGAUGGAAACUCAAAAAAACUAUAGAUGAGAAACUAGGCCGUCAGAACUCACUUUCCUCUGGAGACCUAGAUGCUUUCUGCAUCCCAGGCUUACCUCAAAGGUUUGACUAUGAAGAGCUGGAAGUGGCUACUAACAAUUUUAAGUUCCUGAUUGGAUCAGGUGGGUUUGGUGCUGUAUACAAGGGUACACUGCUUGAUAAGACUGUUGUGGCUGUGAAAAAGAUCAGAGAUUUAGGUGUUCAAGGGAAAAAGGAAUUCUGUACAGAGAUUGCAGUUAUUGGAAAUAUUCACCAUGUCAAUUUGGUCAAAUUGAGAGGGUUUUGUGCCCAAGGGAGACAACGCCUAUUAGUUUACGAGUAUAUGAGUCGCAGCUCAUUGGACCGUACCCUUUUUGGAAAUGGUAUCGUUUUGGGAUGGCAAGAGAGGUUCGAUAUAGCACUUGGAACCGCACGAGGACUUGCAUACUUGCACAGUGGUUGUGAACAUAAGAUCAUCCAUUGUGAUAUCAAACCAGAAAACAUUCUCUUGCAUGAUCAUUUUCAGGCGAAGAUCUCAGAUUUUGGGCUUUCAAAGCUUUUAACUCCUGAACAGUCUAGUCUGUUCACAAGAAUGAGGGGCACUCGUGGAUAUCUUGCACCUGAGUGGCUUACUAACUCUGCAAUUUCAGAAAAAACUGAUGUUUAUAGUUUUGGAAUGGUACUGCUUGAGCUUGUGAGUGGAAGAAAAAAUUGCUCACCACGAUUUCAAAGCCAUAGGUUGGACGACAGUAACAGUGGUAGAGUUCACUCAAUGUCGUCAUCAGCAUCGGGACUUGUUUAUUUUCCACUACUUGCAUUGGAAAUGCAUGAGCAGGGGAGGUACUUGGAGCUUGUGGACCCAAGGUUAGAGAAGCGAGUGACAAGUAAAGAGGUGGAAAUACUAGUUCGAGUUGCUUUGUGCUGUGUUCAUCAGGAACCAGCAUUACGGCCAAACAUGUCUACUGUUGUUGGCAUGUUAGAAGGAGAGGUCCCUUUAGGUCAUCCAAGAGUGGAGUCUUUGAAUUUCUUGCGAUUCUAUGGGCGUAGGUUUACUGAGGCGUCUAUGAUAGAAGAAGAAGAAGGGCAAAGUGAUGUCAUGUUUUUUGUGCAAGCAGAUGCUUCCCCCACUAGCACUAGAAUUGGCUCAAACACUUGUUUUUCUUAUGUCUCUUCACAUCAGCUUUCUGGCCCAAGAUAAGUUUAAAUUGAUGAUAUUUUUUGGAGCUCUGUAUAGUUUAUUGGGAAUGAAUUUAUGUUCAUAAGGUGCACAUGGUUGGAAUUUUAAGUUGUUCAUUUUAUUCAAUUUGUACUUCACAAAGUUCAGGGUUCAAUGGAUGUUUUUGAUGUGUAUGGCUUGUACAAAGUGUAAUUCAGUUUGAAUCAUUAGAGUCAGGACUAGACUAUAAGAUGUCCAUUUGUUUUCUAUUACAAAUAUCUUUCCAUCUGGACAUUGUUAGGUUAUCGUAAGAGUUAUUUCCUUGAGGUUUCAUUGAAUAACAAUGCCCUUUCUCCAGUAGAAAA